GGCAUGUGAAAAAGCAGGCGAGUCAAAAAGCGUGGCGGAGUGGAAGGAGAGGAGGGGGUGAGUCGGGUGGGGUUGAAUCUGAUGCGCGCGGGAGGGGACGACAGUCGGUCUGCUUGCAGUGCGCGUAGUGGCAUCAUCGGAACAUAAAAGCGCCAUCGUGUGGAAGGCACAAAUUUCCACGGCAACUCCGGCAGCUGAUGGUGCAAGCAAUCCGAUGAUCGCGUCAUAAUGGUGCCGUUUUCCCCACCUUCAAACUGCCCUGAGCUAUGCUCGCCCCUGCUGCUUUCAUUGGCGCGGCCUCGCUCUUGCUUAUGCCAAUUCGCUGCGUUUGUGUGAGAUCUUUUGGGCCACUGUACCGACGAGCCGAGAGACCGAGAGAGGGGCAGUAGCACAUCUGGGGUAGUCGUUCGCUCUGGUACUAUUUCGCGAGGCUGGCUAUUGCAAGCGGAACUCCGGGGAAAAGGUUGGUGGUUGACUCGAGACGUUUUAGUUGUGGGAAUCCGUGGACGAGGUCGAUGGAGUGCGAGGGAAGGGAGCGGGGAUAGGUGGGUGGUGAACUGAAUAGGGUUUAAGAGCGAUCCAGGUUAGAGCGAAUAUGUCUUUGUACCAUCUGCCUUUGCUUUGUUGGCUGGAGUACAUAGGCGUGGAGCGUUUGGCAGUUCUUUCGUUUUCUGGAUAAUUGAAUUCAAAGACUCCUCAUGAGCCUACUCUGUCACUGUUGAAGGCCAAUGAACUUGUGUGAAGCAACUGAAAUCAAUAAAUGUUUUGAAGCAUCAGGAGUCAGCAGAUUCUUUUCCUUUAGCUGUGACUGAGGUUAGGCUGGAGAGCGGGAGCUCUGCAUGAGGAAUCGUUAACGCCUCAUGAAGCAGAUCUGAAUGGAGACUACAUGUGGAUCGUCCUACACAUGCAGGAAGAACUGUGAAAUCUAUUCGAAUUUGAUGUCACCCUGAGCAGAUAUACUUUUUGGUGUGGAUCAUCGUCACCCAUCAAAUUACAAAUUUCCUGUAAUUUAUUGUUAAGGGUAAUCGGCAGAUGUUUAGAAGUGUCUUGGAGGAUCAAUGGUGCCGCAACCUGGUCAUGGAGUGCCUGGAUAUAUAAUUCCCAGGAAGCGAGUAGGAGCAGGUGGUGGUGGCAUGUGGAUCCUGUCACACGGGAUCGACGUGACACUACCGGAAGAUCCAAGUAUGUGUAAGAACACAGGAGCAAGAGAUUUUGAAACUCCAGCUGCCUCCUAUUCCAACUUGGAUGUAAUGUGCAAUAAUGGAUUAGAAUCUUUUACAACAGGGGAUGUCGACAAAAAGUCACCAUUGAGUGGAGGCAAAGAGCCUAAAGCUUUUGAAGAAGAGGACACAGAAGGUGACCUCGAUCAGAUGAUUGAGGUGAACAUGAAGGAACUUUCACCUCCCGAAGAUCCUCCAGAGGAUCCCUAUGUGCAAGAUCCAAUUUUACUUGAGGAAUAUGGCAUUGAGGAUGAGAGUCUGCAUCCGAAUUUAUGUAUGCGUCAGGAUGGGGAUGUGCUCGUGGGAGGGGUGGAAAAUGCGUAUGAUGAUGACGAGCUGGAUGGUGAGGAGGAGGAAACUUCUCCUGCAGUGGAUGUGAAAUCUGUUACUUUACCUGGAGAUGAAGAUGAGCCGGACAUGGGAUUUGAGGAAAUGUAUUCUCUUCUGGAGCGUCCGAUGGACCAAGACUCUGCAGAAAUAUCCACGAAUACGAUGGAUGACAUCGAUAUUACAGUUCAAGGAGCUUCCGGAGAGGCAAUGGAUUUGCAUGAGGGGAGUGUUAGUGAUGGUCUGUCGUUGUUUUUGUCUCCUUACAACGAAGCUGCCACCAAGUUCGUUGCGGAAUCACCAAUUCAGGGAACCAAUGAGAUUGAGUUCCUCUUUCUUCCAUCUUCUGCUCAGGAGGCUUUGCAGUCAGGAACCGGGCCGCCUGUCCGACCAACAAAUGAGCAAGACUUCCUGUCACUCUCUUCAUCUGCACAAGAGUCUUCCCAGGGAGCCUCGGAGAGUUUCUUUAGACAGUCAGAGAACGAUUCUUAUCUCUUGCUGUCUUCACCUGACGAAGGGUCUUGGCAUUCGACUCCAAAUAAACUCUUCAACGGAUACGAAGGCGUCACAAGUCCAACGAGACCUAACGAACGUAGUUUCAAGAAUCCUUCUUAUGAAGUGGUGGCAUCAGACACGUUUAAUUCUAUGGGACUUUCUCAAUCUGUGGGGUCGAGUUCUCAAAUCGAUCAUGAAAGGCCUAUACAAACUUACGGUUCUGUCCUCGCUUCAUCUACAAAGUUUCCUGGCACCAUAGCUGCUCUUGAAGGAUCAAGUAUGUUAUGUCCCACCAGUAGAAGCACUGGCAGGUUCAACAAAGCAGCUUCUGUACCGAGUUCCUACGUCGAUCUCACGGAGGAUAGUGACGAAGACGAUGUUGUCGAAUUUUCAAAUUCUUCUACUCAUGCAGGCGUUCUAGGAAAACGAAGGCCAGAAGAUAUUUAUGAAAUUGAGAGAAGGAAAAGACUGGCCACUGCUGGGAGCUCUGAACCUUGGAUAGAGAAUAGAUCUAGACCAAAGAGUAUGGGAUCAGUGUACGCUGAGGAUUGGAGACAACCUUUUCAGAAGGAUCUCAAGAUCAGGCAUAUGCAUUCGUUUGGAGUUGUAGAUCCGCGUCCUUUACAUUGGGACAUUCCUCCCGGCCCUUCGUACUAUCCGCAAGAUAGUUCUUCAUUGAUUUCGAGUUUCAAUUCUAACAUGGUUGGAGGCAGGAAUGUUCACUUUUCAGAUAGGGGAGGUUCUGGGCAUGGGAACUUAUCUUUUGAUGUGGACCACAAGAGACAAUCUUUUGGUCAGUCAGUCACAAUCCUUCAUUCCAGCCAGGGAGGAUUGCUGAAUAAUCAUUUUGCUGUUCCUCGGGAGGAGAAAGCUGGGAAGGCUUUGAAAGCUGUGUUGCAACAGACAGCAAUGGUUGAUAACAACAAGGAAACCACUCCAGAACCCGGUCUUCUUUCUGUACAACUUUUAAAACACCAGAGAAUAGCCUUGAACUGGAUGGAGGAGCGAGAAGCCAAGAAGGGUCUGCCUUACGGUGGAAUUUUGGCUGACGAUCAGGGACUGGGCAAGACAAUUUCAACCAUCUCGCUUAUUCUCAAGGCAAGGGCACCACUUAAGAAAGCUGCGGAAGCAUCGGGUUCUCCACCGCUUGAAUCUGCUACGGUUGAUUUAGAUGACGAUGAUGACGUCCAUACGCUUGGAGGGAGUUCAGUAAAUUCAUCAACUGCCGGUGAGAAGAAUGACACCAACUUGCACUUGAAUGAGGGCACCCUAGAGAAAGCAAUGAAGCCGGGAGGUAAAAAGGCUCAGGAAGAAGUUAAGCACACUGGUAGCAAGGGUAGGCCAGCUGCCGGAACACUUGUGGUAUGCCCCACUAGUGUUUUAAGACAGUGGGGACAUGAGCUCAAGGAGAAGGUUACUCAACUAGCUGACUUGUCGGUAUUAGUGUAUCAUGGUAGCAAUAGGACGAAAGAUCCCGAAGAACUUGCUAAGUAUGAUGUUGUCUUAACGACAUAUUCUAUCGUUAGUAUGGAAGUCCCGAAACAGCCUUUGCCAGACGAGAGGGAUCUUGAUAAGAAGAACCCGAGCGACUUUGAUGUACCUCCCCCUUUUCGUACUUCUAAACCCAAGAAGCCCAAGAAGACUACUGAUAAUGGCAAGAAGGGAAGGAGCAAUGGCAAGGGAAGGCUUGUUGAGGGUGAAAAUGGGUCCGUUGACUCGGGUCCUCUUGCCAGAGUAAAUUGGUUCAGAGUUGUCUUGGAUGAAGCUCAAAGUAUAAAGAAUGCGAGGACUCAGGUCGCACGAGCUGCUUGGGGUUUAAGGGCCAAAAGGAGAUGGUGUCUGAGUGGAACUCCUAUACAGAACGCCGUCGAUGACCUCUACAGUUAUUUUCGCUUCUUGAGAUACGCCCCGUAUGACGGAUACAAAACCUUUCGUGAGAAAAUCAAGGAUCCAGUCACUCGGACUCCUGCAGAGGGAUACAAGGCGUUACAGAGUUUACUAUCGGCUGUCAUGUUGAGGCGAACGAAAGACACACUUAUAGACGGAAAGCCCAUCGUCAAUCUACCUGAAAGAAUUGUGACACUGAAGCAAACGGAGUUCAGUGAAGAGGAGAGAGCGUUCUACACGAAUCUUGAGACCGAAUCAAGGAAGCAAUUUCAGGAUUAUGCAGAAGCGGGUACUUUGCAAAGCAAUUACGUCAACAUUUUGUGGAUGCUUCUCCGACUUCGUCAAGCUUGUGAUCACCCGCUUCUUGUCAAGGGGCACAAGACCCAAGGUGCUCAAAAGGUUGUCAUGGAAUCGGCCCGUGCUCUUCCACCAGAGAAACGCGUACAACUCCUCAAUCUUCUGGAAAGCAACAGAGCGAUAUGUCCAAUUUGCAAUGAUCUUCCCGACGAGGCGGUUGUGUGUAUAUGCACGCACAUUUUUUGUAGGCAGUGUAUCUCGGAACAGUUGGCUACUGGCGAUGAUAACUGCUGUCCAAUCCCAAAAUGCAGGAAAGCAUUGAAUUUGUCCCUGGUGUUCACUUUAGCAUCCUUAAAGAGCUGUGACGUGGAUGACGGUAAUAGCACCACAAACUCUCUGAUUGUUGAAGGAACAUCAGAAGACUGCCACAAUCUUGAAGAAACAGGCUGGAAAACCUCCUCCAAGAUCAAUGCUGUGAUUGACACUCUGAGUUCUCUCCCUAAAAUCACCGUUGUUGUAGAGAAUGGCAAGGUUGUGGCAGAAGUAAGCAAAGAUCUCGAAGAUGUAAAACUUGUAGAUACUUCAAAUGUUAGAUUAGCAAACCUUCAGCCGGCUUUCUCUGAAAUUGUUCCCUCGACAGAAGUCAAGAAUCUAAAAACCGAUGUCAAGGUAGAAAACGUUCCAUGCUCUUCGGGAAGUAGAGAGAUAUCGGAUACGUCAACCGAACAGAUGCUGGAAGACAACGCGGGAGUCAAGGUGGAAGUUAUUACAACAGACCCCGUUAACUGUAAAGAUUUAGUCACCAGAGUUUUUGUUCAGUCGACAGAGAAAGCCAUAGUGUUUUCACAAUGGACAAGUAUGCUGGAUUUGCUGGAAGUUAGCUUGAAGCAAGCCAAGUUCAAUUACAGGAGGCUUGACGGUACUAUGUCUGUUUUGGCUCGAGAUCGGGCGGUCGCUGAGUUCAAGACUUUGCCUGAGGUUACGGUGAUCAUAAUGUCGUUGAAGGCGGCGAGCUUGGGCUUGAAUAUGGUCGCUGCCUGCCAUGUUCUAUUGUUGGACGUCUGGUGGAACCCGACCACGGAAGAUCAAGCUAUCGAUCGAGCUCAUCGUAUUGGGCAAACGCGGACUGUCCGGGUUUCUCGUUUCACUGUCAGGAAUACAAUCGAAGACCGUAUUUUGGCUUUGCAGGAGCGAAAGCGGCAGAUUGUUGCAUCAGCAUUUGGUGACGGCGAAGCUGGAGGACAGAAAACCACUAGACUCUCUGCUGCAGAUCUUGAAUAUCUUUUCCAUAUAUGAGUUAUUUUUCGGUGUUACACGCGCAUCGAUUGACAUACCAGAGUUACUUGUGCCCAUAAUUUUGAAUCUUCACAGGUGGACUUGGGAGGCAGAAGUUUUGUUGGUCCCUCCCCACCCCUAGUCCGAUGGGCAGGACCUGGAAUAGCAAGUGAUCAGCUCAUGAAGGAAUGAAUUCUCAAGAUCACGGCAUACAUUUUACGCAGGGGAUCGAGGGUUAGGUCAUGUACGGAAAAGCUUUGUGCUUGAUGCGCAAGGCGAUGCUGUAGCGUAGACAGUAGCAGCAACAAUUUUUGUUGGAAGUUAGCCCUGUUUUCCAAAAGAAGAUGGACCAGUGAAGGGAUCUCAGUGGAAACUCUGUGAUGUUGGAGGUUUCAGGGCUUUAUGUGUUAAGAAGCUCUUCAUGUUUUAAAGGAAAGGAGAACCACGAUUUGAGC